GAGAAAACAAAAAUAAGUUGAGAACUUGUGAGCAAGUGAAAGUGCAACAUCAAAUGUCAAGGUGUGCAGUCGAGUGUGGUAGAGGCAGGUAAAGCAUCGACACAAUACAUACUUCUGACGGAAAAGCGAAAUACUAUCUCGCUAAGGUACGAAGUCUGCAUUAGGAUUUUUUUUACCCUGUCAUUUUUCAUCAAUAAGAUAAAUUGUUGAGCAACGUAGUUAGAAUGUGAAAGGACAAUCUGUUGGCACAAGGUUACAACAUGAAGAGAUCUGUGGAGUUUCUGUCGGGCUGAAGGGAAGCCACAUAAAGUCACAGCUACUUUGAAAACAGCCAUAUAGGGCCUAUUAACAUCUGGGAUGAUGAGGGGAUUGGAAGAUCAGGAUGAGAAGGAUGACUCUCACAGAGGUGUGAGUGGCACGGUGAGGACAGAGAAUGAGGUUACUGACGGAGUUUCAAGGAGGCCCCUGACUCUGCUGGACAGGUUGCGACUGUGUCAGGACGCCUGGGCCCCUGGGGGCCCCUGGGAUAGAGACGGUGCCCAUGCUGCCCUCUGGGGCCGGCCUGCUGGGAGCUUCCUGGUGUUGAGGGACUCUGCCUCCCAGCCCGUCCUGCUGUGUGUGGCGACUGGAGGAGAGAGUGGACAUGUCAGAGACAACCCCAUACAUCGCACUGGUGCAGCUUAUCAGCUAUCUCAGUCAUUUUUAAGCUUCUCAGAUUUGGCCCAGUUAGUGGUGUUCUACUCUAUGAGCAGGGACGUGUUGCCAGUGUGUCUGUUCAUCCCUCCGUGGCUCUACAGUCUAACAGAUCAGCGACAGUCCAACAGUCUGUCCCAGCUGGGUCCCAAAUCCUGGCUGUGUCCCACCUCUGACCUCCAGCCUGAUCACAUGACUCAGAGGGCUCCUGGUACUGCCAUGUGCACCAUACAGCUGACAGCAGCCAAUGGUGCUCUGUGCAUCAUCAACCCACUCUAUCUGCAUGAGCAUGGCGAUGACUGGCUGACCCAUCAACCAACCAGCCCACAGCGAGUUAAUCGGCCAGCGAAUUAUAGGCGUGAGAGACGACUGAGUACAACAAGACCUUGGUCAGGGUCGGGCCUUCUUACUAAGAGAGCUAUCUCAAUGGAGCAGGAGUCCUACAGCUCCAGGUCUGAUAAUCCAGUCCAGGCCACCCCGUCUCCCCCCACCCCAACAGGAGGGGUGGUUCUGAGGAGGCCCAGUAGGGAUGCUUCCAUUGAGUCACUCGACAGAACCUGGACCCAGGACCGCACUACCAGGCCCCCCUCAGACCCCAAGCCCCUGUUCAGCCCUGCCCCUCAGUCCCCUCACAGGGUGUCCUGGGUUGAGGACAGGGUAUGGCUCUCCAAACCGCCACCCCCCUCCCUCCUCCGCCCCCCCUCCCUGGAGAUGGACUCGCUGUCAAUCAGCAGCAUGGAGGAGGAGCCGGAGUCGGUCACCACCCCUUCCCACUCCCCCCACCCCUCGCAUCGUUUGGCCGACAAGGUGAAACACCGCCUCUCGGCUGUGGGCCUGGCCAUUGGUGGGCUGGGGUGUCCACAGAAGAGGAUGACCAAGCGGGUGCAGGAGCUCAGCAAGCGGAGGGGCGGUUUGUUUGCCGAGGCAGUGAUGGGAUUCGUUGAGAUGACCCUGGGGGCGGGGUUUAUCCCUGGAAUGACAGGUGCGGACCUGCUUCAGGAGGUGCGUACGGCUCUCACUGCCCUGAGAGAGACACUGCUGGACUGUCCUGAGAUACACAUCCUCAUAGACAGUAUGGCGGACACACCCGAUGGGGAGCUGGAUGCCAUACUGGAGCUCUCCCUACACAAGGUGGCCCUAAAGCCUGUGAGCGCCCACCUGUACACCUGCCUCCAGAGCUGUUGGGACCAUGACGGUAGCCUGCGGAAGCUGAGGGAGAACCAGCGGCUCCUGGAAGGCCGGGGGGUGGAGGAGCUGGAUGGGACACCUGGGGUGGGGGUCCCUGAACCUGUUACCCUGGAGAAGAUCCAGCAGAGGUGGUCAGCCAUGCACCAGUCUUACUCCCCCAGCAGGAAGGUCCAUAUCCUGCUCAAGGUCUGCAAGACCAUCUACCACAGCAUGACGGCCAAUGCCAACCCAGGAGUGGUGUAUGGGGCUGAUGACUUCCUGCCGUGUCUGACCUGGGUGCUUCUGCGUAGUGAUGUGGUCACUCUGCAGCUGGACACUAACUACAUGAUGGAGCUACUGGACCCCACACAGCUGCAGGGAGAGGGAGGUUACUACCUGACAUCCCUGUAUGCUUCUCUUUUCUACAUCAGCAGCUUCCGCCCUCGUCUCGCCACGCGCCAGCUCAGCACCGAGGCCCAGCAAUCGCUGAGCCAAUGGCAUCGCAGGCGCACCCUGCACUGCAACCAGUCACGACGCAGCACGAAUCGGAGGACCAUCCGGAGACCUGGGCACAGUGAGAAGGGCAGGGAAAACUCCAGUUACGCAGGGAUGGAAACUGACACAGGAAGUGUAACUGACGCCCCACCGGCGCCCUCUAGUGUUGUGGCCAAGGCACUGCACAUCAUCUCAGAGGUGGUGGUAGCGGUGAGGGAAGAAGAGGGCAGCAGAGCAGAGGGCCAAGGAUCCCCAGCUGCACAACUCCAGGCCUCGCCUCGGAAUGAGAAACCGAUUACAGUAGAAGAGUUGGACGGACAUCCGGCAGGGAGUGAGGUGGACUGGGAGGGAGGGGUCAGACCAUGGAGGUGUGUUGUAGAGGGUUUAGAGAGUGAGGAAGGGCAGGCUAGUCUCCAUAGAGUCCAUGAGGAACUCUGUGCCAGGUCAGUGGAGCUAGAUGACCAGACAGACAUACAGAUAGGUCAGCAGAGGUCAGAGUGGACUGGGCUGCCAGUGGGAGACUGAUGACCCAGAGGAGCCAGUCUGUCUAGAACCCUGGGCUUUGCCUGCAAACAUAUUGUAAUGUAAACCUGUUGAGCAAAACAUUUAUUUUACAAUUCCUGGUUUCAGUUGCAUUGAAAUACACCCAAUAAGGCAUGAAGAUAAUGGUCUGACUAGGCUGAAUUUGAAAUAUGUGCUUUAAAAUGUUUGUAGAAGAUAUUUCCCACGAGUGUUUCAAAUUGUGACGUUUGUAAUAUUUUCAUUGUAAUUCCACAGAGAAAUUACUCUCAGUGGGGCCAAUUAAAUGGUCCAUUUGGGGCAAAUGAUGGAGGCUCGGCCAUCAACAGGCUGGCUGUAUGGUUAGAACACUUGAUGUAUUUUACAUGUUGACCACUAGGUUGCAGUACCACACCUUUUCUGUCUGUUUCGUCUUGGUUGCAAGAGUAGUCAAGCAUGAUAACAGUGGAGCUCGUAAGCAUAAGGAUGUUGAGAAAGGGAGAGAAAUGUGUUGAGAUGCCUGAAAUAACAGCUAUAACGAAAUGACUGUUGGUCUGUAUUAUGUUGUGUGUAAUAUAUACUCUGAUUUUAACUUGACCAUGCAUUAGAAUGCUGUAUGGCGGCAAACGGCAAAGACAGCAUUAUAGACAUAUGCACAGUAGAAUACUUUGAUGCUAAAGAGUGAACAGUGGAGCAGACAGGUCCUUAUUUAUACAAGCACAUGUAUUACAGACACAUGCUACCACUAACAUAGACAAAGACACACAAACAAGCGCGCACACACGGACCUACUGUAAUAUAUACAUACUCAUAUGCAAAUGAACGCACGCACGAGUGCCCUCCCAUACAUUCAUACAUAUGGAAGCGCCUCAUUCAGAAUUUUACAUUUGAAACCCAAUCAAAUUUGCCUAAUGAGACAUCUGGCAUUCUGCCUGCAUUUCGAUCUUUUAACCAGGUCUAAGAAACAUCUGGGCUCUUCAUCAGCGCAGUCAAACCUGAUGGGAGCGAGACUACAUCUACUACACACACCUCUUACAUAUACGAUCACGUGAUAUAUUAUGCAUACAUAGGACUACAUUACACAUUCAGUCCAGCCAUAAAUUAGAUAUAUGGCGGUGGCGAGCGCACAGAUGGCAGACGCCUGAGGCAUUUAAAGCUAGGAUUCGCUAGCUAGCUGCAGCUAAACAUAGGAGCCGUCCUGCUGCAGAGAAAGAGAGAGAAAAAGAUGCUCACGCAAAAUGCAACGCCAUGACAAUAUACAGACACACACAUACUGAAAAACAUGAAUAUUCACACGAAUAGUAUAUCACAAUCACCUGUUCGUCACGCUAAAUGUAUACCAGUAUCAGUGUGCCUGGUGUGUUUCCCCUCCCCCUUGAUUGACAGACAUCUAACGAGCAGCUGCUCUAAUGGGCCUGGCAGCCUCUCCUAAUAGUGAUAAAUACAUGAGAGGCAUUUGUGAAUCAGGACCAAACACUUUUCAAUCAAUUAUUCACGACAUUACUUCAAUUUAUGCAUCAUCAGGCUGCUACACAUCCCGGUUGUUCCCAGGCUGGAAACAGUGUUUGAACUCGGUGGUAAAUGACAGUAGGCGCUGAAAACUCUGGUUUUCCUCUCUCCCGCUGACAGAUAAAAUGGUUCCUUUUUUUCAUCGCGUCCUGCAGGAGUUUUAAUGAAAGCUUAUGAAAGUGAGUGGAGCGUCAUCGUACGUUCCUGACCUGUCUGCUCUGACUAUGGUCGUUCCAUAUGGGACAUCACGUCACCGAGCUGCUCAGUCUGUCACUGUCUCUCUGGCCUCCACUCUUAUUUUGUUUGUCCCUUUGUCCUAUUCUGCUCUUUCAUUCGUUGCCACAAACCACUUCCCCUUGUUGAGGCAUUGUAGUUGGACACUUUUCCUCAAGCUUUCUCUUUCUUCUCCUCCCUGUGCGCUGCUCUCUCCUCCUCCCUGUGCACUUCUUUCUUCUCCUUCUCCCUGUG